UCCAGGAAGUGAUAGUUGGUGAGUUACAUCCCAAUUUCGUACAGCAACACACAGAAUUUGGGGUUUAUAAUUCGAAAAAUGGAAAAUCGUGAAAAAGAUUCAAGUCCAGAUACAACAAUCUUAUCUCAACCCAGCAGUACGACAGAGAAACCUUACCGAAACUUAAGGGAAUAUACGGAUCAGCUUCACGUAUGGUUGUAUCAGUAUCGAAUGUGGAGCUCAAUGCAGUCAUUUUCAAUGAUGUUCCCAAUAAUGCUUAAUAACUGCCAAAUUCCCCAAUAUUUGAUUCCUAACAGUAACUCUCUAUAUACUCAACACACCACCUCUACGUCAGUAUCAAGCCAUACAACUACACACAACAGAGCACCGGUUCAUUCUCAUGGAGCUCGAAUUCAAAGAGUUGGAACUGUAUAUUCCUUACCACCAUUGUGGAAGAGAGUAGCAGCAGAAAUAAUAGACUUUAUUGUGUUAUUUUAUCUAAAAGUUAUGAUGACUGUGCUGGUUUUAAGACAGAUGGGUUAUUUAAGGGAUGAUAAUAUUAUUGAGCUUCCUAUGGACAUAAUGCCAAAGUUUGACUUUCUGGAGAUUACAGAGAUGGACGUGGAGAAAGCCUUCAGUAUCACGUCAGAACUGAUAGCUCUAGAGGUCGUCAACAGAAUGAUGAUUACUGUGUUUGAGACCCUUUGUUUAUGUAAAGGCUUAGGGGGAAUGGUGGGUGGAGCUACGCCAGGCAAGAGGAUGCUGGGAUUAAAAGUUGUUUCUUGUAUACACGUCACUCCACAAGCCCAUGGAAAGGUACUGGUGUGUCCCGCACAUGAUAUUGGAUUCUUUAGUGCAUUAAUAAGAUCUGUCAUCAAGAACUUUACCAUGGCAUUCUUUUUCCCGGCUUGUUUGACUGUUUUUAUUUUCAAACACAACAGAGCUGCCUAUGAUAUUCUGGCCAAGACUAUAGUUGUGGACGCUCGGCCAAAUCAGCAAUUUGUCUAGCCUGGUUUCAGUGAAGGAUUUUUGAAACUAAUUUUUGGAAUUGUGAAUAAACCGAAACGUUUUUAAUAAAGUUGAUCAUUAGAUCAGAUUAGUUCUCUGCAUCAGGAUCAGAUGCAUACACUAUUCUUUGUAAAAUUUUUGAAGUUUUUGCUCACGGUUUAAGUUGUUGAAUUUGAAGCUUAAUUCUUCACGUAAUAAUGCAUAGUAUUUUAAAGUAUGGACUUCUUAUAUCUGAGCAUCUAGAAGAAAAUAUUAAGCUUGAACUAAAAUAUAUUUUAUUUUGAAAAUAGUUAAGAUAUUUGUCUGAAUGUCAUACUGAAUUAAGAAUAAGAAUUUCAGCAGGACCCAGCCAUUGUACAUGUGGAAACCAUGUCCAUUAUGUUGAGAAAGACUAGUCUUCUUGAGAUAUUAAUCAUGCAAUUAAAAUUGUGGAAAGAAAAAUAA